AUGUCUGUAACAUGCUCGAAGGCCCACGUCGUCCUUCUCUCAAGCCCAGGGAUAGGUCACCUCUCUCCGAUUGUUGAACUUGCCAAGCGUCUUGCUCUAGAUCACAACCUAACUGCCACCAUCAUCACCUUCUUUGAUCGCUCUUCAGAUAUCCAACAAUCUAUGUUCUCCUCCCUUCCUAUAGGAGUAUCUACUGUUUGCCUUCCGCCUAUUUCUCUCGACGACCUCCCCACCAACACCCACAUCAUUUCACGCCUCUCAAUUAUGAUUUCUCGUUCAAUCCCCUUCCUGCGACAAAUUUUGCUCGACCUCCAAAUUAAGAACAAACGCAUUGCCGCUUACAUCAUAGACCUCUUCGGUGGGGACACUAUUUGCUUGGCACGUGAGCUCGGCGCUCCUAGUUACAUUUUCUUCACAACCAACUUCUUCUAUCUGUCCUUUUUGCUUAACCUUCCCACUCUUUGCCAUGAGCAACAUGACAACAACCCUGACUCGUUGCUUGCUCUGCCUGGUUGCACGCCGCUUUACCACAAUGAUUUUCCUCAAUCAGCCAUUGAUAAAAAAAGUGAUGUCUUUGCUUGGAUGAUUCAUCACUCAAAGCAUCAUGAUAAAGUGGAUGGAAUAAUGGUCAAUAGUUUUGAAGCCAUGGAAGGGGGUGUCGUCAGAUUUCUUAAAGAAAGGAGAAAUGGAAAGUCUCCUAUCCUGCCAAUUGGGCCGCUUACUUGUGUUGGCGGGUCAGAAAAGGGCCUGGCUAAGUUAAACUCCUGCUUGCAAUGGCUUGACCAACAACCGGUUCA